CCAAAACAUCUUCAUCCCGUGAAGAUUUUUCUUCGUUUUUCGUUGAAUUUUAACUUAAUUUAGAAGAUUUUUCGUGAUUUUACGAAUAAUUUGCUCGAAAUUUGCCAUUUUUUAUCAAUUAUUGUAAAAGUCUUCGAGAUUUUUGUCGAAAAAUCAUCCGAAAAAGAGAAAAAUCUUCAUUUUUGAUCAUUGAAAAGUUGAACUUUGGACUUUUUUUACGGUAUUGAAGAUGCAAUCCAGUUUGAAAUUGAUCCGUGCAGUGCAAUUGUUGCCCAAACGGCUUUAUGGAAGUUCCUCUGGAUCGUUGGUUAAUUUGACGGUUGAUGAUAAAACCGGGUAUGCGACAAUGGAAUUGAAUCGUCCUCCAGUCAAUAGCUUGAAUCUUGAGCUCUUGCAAAGCAUCGACAAGAGUCUUGAUCAGUUGAAUGAGAAUCGAACACGUGGUUUGAUUUUGACGUCGUCGUCAUCUUCCGUUUUCUCCGCUGGAUUGGAUAUUAUGGAGAUGUACAAACCGAAUGUCGAACGUGCCGGGCAAUUUUGGCGAACGCUUCAAGAUGUUUGGAUGAAAUUAUUUGGAGCGACAUAUCCCACAGCUGCUGCCAUCAAUGGACACAGUCCCGCAGGCGGAUGUUUGCUUGCGAUGUGCUGCGAAUAUCGCGUCAUGCUGCCAAAAUUCACGAUCGGCUUGAAUGAGACGCGUUUGGGAAUUGUGGCGCCAACGUGGUUCCAAGCAACGAUGCUCAACGUUUUGAGUCGCAAGGAAGCUGAACGUGCCUUGACCUUGGGCACGAUGUUUACGACGGAAGAAGCUCUGAAAAAUGGACUUGUCGAUGAAACGGCAGCUUCGAAACAGGAAGCCAUCGAAAAAUGCGUCGCAUUUCUCGAUCAAUUCAAAAAAGUGUCGGGCGAGGCACGUGCAAUUACGAAACAAGCCUUACGAGCGGAGCCUAUCCGCGUUUUGGACGAAAAUCGGGAUCAGGAUGUCGAUUUGUUCUUGUUCACGAUCCAACAAAAGAAAGUUCAAAAGGGAUUGGAAGCUUAUUUGGAAGCUUUAAAGAAGAAAAGUGGAUAAAAUUGCAUUUUUUAGUUGAUUUUUAAAUAAAAUUUAUCAUUUUUCACAGUUAAAAAAACAUUUUAAUCAAUU